AUGGACUUCACAAGUCUCACCAUGUUGUGGUGGGCCAUAGCUCUUCUUUUCAUCACCGUAUUAGCCACCAAGAUCUCAAGAGCAAGUAUCACCAACAUUGAUCCACAAUGUACAACAGGUCAACGUCCACCGGUAGUCCAUGAAGCUGCUCUCUUAAAACUAGUGCCUACCCUGUUGAAGAAGGGCCUACCGGCAAUGAUCAAUGAUCUAUAUGUCAAGUAUGGAAGUGUCUUCACAGUAAGUUGCUUGGGAGUGACCAAGGUGACACUCUUGAUCGGGCCAGAGGUGAUGGCUCAUUUCUUCCAAGGUUUGGAGUCGGAGAUCAGCCAUGGUAACCUUUUUGAGUUCACUGUGCCCAUGUUUGGCGAGGCGGUUGGUUAUGGAAGAGAUACCGCUACCCGAACAGAACAGAUGAGCUUCCACAUCGAAGCACUGAGGCCUUCAAGGUUGAGGAGCCACGUAUAUCCCAUGCUUCAAGAAGUGGAGGGUUACUUUGCAAAAUGGGGAGAGGAAGGCAUAGUUGAUAUAAAGCUUGAGUUCGAGAAGUUACUGAUGUUGAUCUCAAGCCGAUGUUUGCUCGGUAAAGAGGUUCGAGAGAACAUGUUCGAUGAGGUAUUCAGGCUUUUUCACGAGAUUGAAGACAACGGUGUAACAUUGAUCAGUUUCUUGUUCCCAUAUCUUCCAACUUCAGCAAACCGGCAGCGUGAUAGAGCGCGCAUCAGGCUAACACAAAUCCUCUCCGAUGUCGUUGAGUGCCGUAAGAGCUCCGGCACAGUUGAGGAGGACACACUGCAGAAACUAAUUGACUCCAAGUACAAAGAUGGUCGCCCUACAACAGUAGCUGAGGUAGUCGGGCUGAUCAUUGGCUUACUGUUUGCUGGAAAACACACCAGCUCUCACACUAGUACUUGGACUGCAGCUUGUCUACUUAGCCAUCCAACCUUCUUGAGAGCUGCCAUUGAGGAGCAACAACAAAUCAAUAACAAAUACAAGGACAAGGGGCUAGACUACAAUGCAUUUAUAGAGAUGGAUACAUUGCAUUGUUGCAUCAAGGAGGCUCUAAGGAAGCAUCCUCCAACACCAAUGUUGGUUCGCAUGGCACAUAGGCGCUUCACGGUGAAGACAAUCGAGGGCAAACAAUAUGACAUUCCACAAGACCACAUUGUAGCAAGUCCUACUAUAGUCAACAAUAACAUCCCUUAUAUCUAUAAGGAUCCUGAGGUAUAUGACCCGUGCCGGUUUGGCCCUGAAAGAAGAGAGGACAAAAUAGGCGGCAAGUUCUCGUACACCUCAUUUAGCGGUGGACGACAUGUUUGCACUGGGGAGGCCUAUGCUUACAUGCAACUUAAAGUGAUAUGGAGCCAUUUGUUGAGGAACUUUGAGCUGGAACUGAUCUCUCCUUUCCCAAAGACAGACUGGAGCAAGUUCUUGCCAGAGCCACAAGGAAAACUUCUCGUUAGAUAUAAGAGAAAUGGCGUUGUGCAUCCACUUAAUUAG